AUGCAGGUCUCAACGGCAGAUAGUCUGACAAAUGCCGAUCUCGCGGGAUGCAACUUUUCAUUCAAAGUCUCCUCCAAAUUCUCCCGACCGUACGCUCACUUGGCAUCCAUCUCAAGCCCUUCAGACAUUCAACUAAAUCCAACGCGCGAGUACACUAAAUCCUACGGUGGAGUAGACGAUGACUUCGAGGUCGCUCAACAGGCUACGCACAAGGUUAUUUUUGCGCUUCGUGACGACUCUGGGUCAGUGCAUGGCUACGCCAUGGCAUUCAAAGACUGGAAUAACAUGGUCACUCUGCAUGACUUUGCCGUUUCCAGCGAGCUGAGAGGCCAAGGGUACGGGAAGAAACUGUUUAACAGAGUGGUCGAAUGGGCGAGAGGUCUGGACGUAGCCGGAAUUAAAAUUGAAACGCAGGAUAGUAACGUGGCCGCCUGUCGGUUUUAUGCGGGCUGUGGCGCUGUCUUUGGGGGCUACGACGAGUUUUUGUACAGAGGGACGGAGAAUUCGGGAGAGACGGCGCUGUAUUGGUACUAUUUGUUCAAUUAA